AUGAUACUAUUGGUGGACGUUGACACCGACCUCGACUUGACCUCUCCUCAUUCACCAGGAUCCUACUCUACCCGGCAGGCAACCUCCAGGACCAGCAACCUCCGCAACGGACAUUUGGGAGUAUCCGCAGAUCAUCGUUCUCAAGGAAAUGGUCAGUCCCACCUUCGGGCGACCAGCGACAGCACUCUCCCUAACGGAACGCGGAAUCACAGUAGUCGGCACGGACAGAAUGGACACGCCAAGCGGAAUGGUGCUAAAGGCGCGAACUGCGGGCAGGAGUUUUUGGAAUGCAUCUUGCAGAACGUUGCCAACGGCACUCUUCGCCAUGUCGUCCCUGUUGCCUUAAGUUCGGCCAAAUCACAGGACAAGAUCUUACAACUUUUCAAUCUCGGCGUGGCAGACGUACUUCUCAAGCCUCUCGAGGAGCAGGCAGCUCGGACACUGUUCUUGAAUGUCCACCGUUACAGCAAAUACAGGACCGCGGUUACUAUCCCGAGAUACGCGACCCAAAAGAACACGCUCACGCUCGAGAGUCACGAUAGGUUGCGGAAUGUGCUAUCCGACAUCUUGGUGAACCAUUACUGCCCAACGCCAACAAAGGUGUCCCUGCGGGAUUUCCCUUCCAUGUCGUCAGCCGCAGCUAAGGAGCGCGUGGAUCAUCUCAAGAGGCGACUUCUUUCUUGGGAUUUCCACCCUCAUGACCUUUGCCAGGAUGAUCUGAUGCGCUGCGUUGUCAUUGUGAUACAGGAGGUCAUGAAGUUGGACGGCUUGGGCGACCUCAACAUCCCAGAUCAUCUGCUCCAUCGAUUCGUCAUUGGACUGCGCGACUCUUACCACCGAUCCAACCCAUACCACAACUUUGCGCAUGCUGUCGAUGUCCUUCAAGCGACGUUUUAUUUCCUCUGCAGGAUGGGCAAGCUCCCAAGCUCUGGAUAUGGCUAUCCUCCAAUUGCCACCAUCCCAAACGGGGAUGCAACUGGAGUUCCCAAUGGAGAUGCGGACCUUGAUGGCUCCAUUACUGAAGCCCAAGAGACUGAUUCCUCGGCAAAUAUACCCACCGACAACUCUUCUGCCGAUAGGGAUGUUCCACUAGCUAUCCACGUAUCGGACUUCCUUCGUCCUGAAGAUAUUUUCGCUCUUCUAGUAGCGAGCAUUGGUCACGAUGUCGGUCAUCCUGGAGUCAACAACAUGUUCUUGGUGAACGCACAUACUCCUUUGGCUCAGGUUUACAACGACCGCUCAGUGCUUGAGAGUUUCCACUCGAUGGCGCUAUUCCAGGUUAUGAAGAAGCACGGUUUUGAAUGCUUUGAUGUCGAUUCGCAGAACCGCAAGUUCAUGGAGUUCCGAAAGUGUGUUGUAAGCACGAUUUUGGCGACGGACAUGGGACUUCACUUUGAUUAUGUUGGCAAGAUCAAAGAGCAAACAGAACGUUUGCGCCUUCGCAAUUUGCCUGGUGGUGACAUCCCCAAGCCCAACCAGGCAAGCAUUGAUGAGCAAGAACGCCUGGUGCUCUGCGGAAGUUUGAUCAAGUGCGCAGAUAUCAGCAACGCUUCGAGACCAUUCCAUGUCGCGGAGCGCUGGUCGUCGGUACUUUUGCAAGAGAUGUGCAACCAGGCUGACAUUGAGAAGGAGAUGGCUGUGGCAUCAGGAUCCCAAUCUGUUCCUGCAGGAUCGACCAAAAGUCUUGCCAACGAUCGUGGUAUGCAGAUCGAUUCUCAAUUGGGCUUCAUCCAUGGCUUCGCUAUGCCCCUGUUCAGCAGCGUAAAGGAGAUGAUUCCAGAAAUGGGAUACUGUGUUGAUUUGCUCCAGGCCAAUCACAAGAUUUGGGAGGAUCGCAAAACAGAGUAUCUUAAGAAUGGCGGAGGAUCCUUCUUGUCUUCCCUGGUCUCCAGGCCUGUCACUGUCUCUGUUCCAGUGGUAGAGGACGAUACCCCCACAAUCCCUGCCUCUCCCAAGCGGUCAGGAUAUCACGGAAGGGCCAAGAGUGCUACUGGAAGGGCUGGUCAGACAGCCACGAACGCCUCAAAGGAAGGACCGAUUCCAACUUUGCCAAGGAGAACACCGACAGGAUCAGGAGACCUUGCUAUUCCUGUUAAGUUGGGUAACUUGAGGCGAUCACCCAGUGCCAAUACUACCAGUACCAGUGGAUCAGAGAUGACGAAUGGCAGCAGCGGCAGCUCCAUUCCUCGGCCCAGAACGAGGACCAAGGCUGCAACAUCUGAAGGAGAAGUGAACGCGGAGAGUUAUGGACAGGCUACUGGUCGUCAAGGAGCUCAGGGGACAUCAGCAAGGUCGUCGUCUGGUAAUCCCAGACUGGAGGGCCGUCAUCGAUCGGCUACUACUCGCGAACAGAGCUCGCGAUCUCGGUCUGUGACGACUGCGCCUUCGUUGCCCCUUGCAGCAGCAUCAGCAACGGUGACGGCGUCUUCUGAUUCUGGAAGAACCAGAUCUAAAAUGAGUUUUGGGAAGUCGGACAGCCGACCGGAUUCACCAAGGAGUCAACAUGAACACUCCCAGUCACAGCAACCCAAUGGCCAUCCCGGUGGUGGAUCCUCGAAGCCAAACUCCCGUACACCAAAAUCACCAGGCCGUCGGUCGCACCAUCGAGGACCAGGCUCAAAGUCCAAGCAGGAAAAGACAAUUGUGCUUGGAUUUGGAGGAAUGACAGGUGGUGGUGACGGAUUGGAUCACCCAGAGCCUAUUGCGUUGGGCUCACCUCUUGCGAUCCCACCUCCAGCCUUGGCCGCUGCUGCUUCCUCACAGCCCGGGACUGACUCAAUGACGACCCUCUCUGAGUCUUCGAUUCUGAUUCUUUCGUCGUCGUCGUCUCAAUCCAACUUGGUAUUGCCUACAUCUUCUUCUACAAGCACGGGUUCGUCCCGGAUCGCACAGAGUACUUCACGGUCAUCCAGCAAGAUUAUGUCCAGCCCAACCCAGCGUUCGUCGCUGCCCUCGCCUCCAAAUGUGGUUCAAAACUCUGUAGGCGAUAGACGUUAG